GCGGGCGAUGUGGCUUCCUAUUUGCCAAUCGCCGCCUCAGCUGCUCGGUCUGUCUGCGGCGCUGGGCCGUGGGAGCUGCCCGCGCGCGCACAACCGCGCGCCCAUAGGAGACUCUUCCCAGGUGAUCUGUGCAUAUUGGCUGAUCUUAUGAAACACUGAAAAAGAACAUUUCCCGCCACCACUAUUUGCUGCUGCUUACUGUUCUGUUUGACAUUGAGAGGAUGAUGGACACUUGGAGUCAAAUGCCGCUUUAUUGAGAUUUCAUCCAUCAAACAACAAAUCCUGGGCUUUUGCAAUAAUUCUGGCUUUCCUGCAUCCUCAUAUCUCCAGCAGCCUCCAAGGGGCUCAUUUGUACUUUUGAAGAUUAAAUCUGAAGCCUCAUUGAUGGAAAGGAGAGUGAAGCAAUUACCUUGAACCCUUUGAUUUAUGCACUAGUAUUAGAGGAACUCAUUCACUUUCCUCUGGAUUGAAUCCAGAAACCAAAGCCAAUAUUUUGAUGCUCUGAAAGUGAACAUGGUAGGAUCUUGAAUGUAUGGUACUUCACGACCAAGAAGGAAGGAGUGAAGGAUGGCUUCCAGAGAGAGGUUGUAUGAACUUUGGAUGCUGUAUUGCAAUAAGAAAGACCCAGACUAUUUGAAGCUAUGGCUAGACAGUUUUGUUUCUAGCUAUGAACAGUUCCUGGAUGUGGAUUUUGAGAAACUACCCACUCGGGUGGAUGAUGUCCCUCCUGGAAUAUCGCUGCUUCCUGAUAACAUUCUUCAGGUCUUGAGGCUGCAGCUGCUGAACUGUGUCCAGAAAUUGUCGGAAGGACUGGAAGAACCACAACAGGCCUUGUCACUCCUCCUUGUCAAAUUCUUCAUAAUUCUUUGCCGAAACUUAGCUAACGUGGAAGAGAUUGGGACUUGCUCCUAUAUUAAUCAUGUCAUUACGAUGACUACCCUCUAUAUUCAGCAGUUAAAAAGUAAAACCAAGGAGAAAGAAGUGGCAGAUCAAACGCCCAUAGAAGAGUUUGUGAGGCACGCCCUGGCUUUUUGUGAAAGUCUGUAUGACCCGUAUCGAAAUUGGAGGCAAAAAAUUGCAGGGCGAAUUAUGACAACUGUUGAAAAAAGCAGGCAAAAAUACAAACCAGCUUUGCUCACAGUGGAGUUUGUCCCUUUCUUUUACCAGUGUUUUCAAGAAAGUGAACAUCUCAAGGAAAGCCUAAAAUGUUGUCUGCUACAUCUUUUUGGAGCUAUCGUGGCUGGUGGGCAGAGAAAUGCUCUUCAAGCCAUAUCCCCUGCCACCAUGGAAGUCUUGAUGCGCGUAUUAGCAGACUGCGACAUGUGGGAUAAUAGAGACCCAGACGAAGUGAGCCGGAAGGCAGAACUGACACUGAUGUGCCUGACAGAAGUGGUUCACAUCCUUCUGACCAGCAGCUCAGACCAGCGGCAAGUGGAAACUAGUACCAUACUAGAGAACUACUUCAAAUUGCUCAACUCUGACCAUUCAGCUUUGCCUAACUCCCGGAGGUCUCGGCAGUGGGAAAGCAGGUUCAUUGCACUACAGAUUCAAAUGCUGAAUACCAUCACUGCCAUGUUAGACUGCACAGAUAGGCCUGUACUGCAAGCGAUCUUCCUUAACAGCAACUGUUUUGAGCAUCUUAUUCGACUGAUGCAGAAUUGCAAGCUGUUUUUAAAUGCUAACAAUAAGGUGGCAGACAAGAUUGAGAAAGACCUUGCCAACAAAUUACUGACAGAAAUGAAUCAGGAACAGGUGUUUCAGGGACAGCUGGACUGCUUGGCUGUAUCGGCCAUUCGAGCCCUCACAGCAGUGAUGCACAAAUCGCCAGCUGCAAAGGAAGUGUUUAAGGAGCGGAUUGGUUACGCUCAUAUAUUUGAAGUCCUUAAAUCUAUGGGUCAGCCUUCACGGGAGCUACUUGAAGAACUUAUGAACAUGGCAAUUGAGGGCGACCACACAUCUGUUGGCAUGUUGGGCAUAAGCAACGUCCAGCCCUUGUUGCUGCUGAUCCAGUGGCUUCCGGAGCUCGAGUCACAUGAUCUUCAAGUCUUCAUCUCAAACUUGUUGAAGCGGAUUUGCUGCAUUAAUCGGCAGAGUCGUGCCAUCUGUGUCAAUACAAACAUGGUCUCUCGUAUCAUCGAAACGCUGAAUAGACACUCUCUGCUGCAUGGGGUCUGUGCAGAGAACCUGAUCGGCCUCUUGGGCUCUUUGGGGAGUCAGUCCAUGAGUUCUGAAGACCUGCACCAGCUUAUUAGGCUACUCAGGACUCAGGACCCAAAGCAGGCACAUCCUUACGUUGUCCCUGUGAUGAGGGCGAUCCUUGCGAUGGCUCGAAAACAGGGCCUGGACAGUGCUUUGCAGUAUUUUGACUUAUCGCAUAGCAUGGCGGGCAUUUCGUUGCCAACCAUUCACAAAUGGCCGGGUUCUGCAUUUGCUUUCAGUGCUUGGCUGUGCCUGGACCAAGACCAAGUGACUCUCAAUGCCAGUUGCAAGGGCGGCAAGAGGAAACAACUCUACAGUUUUUUCACAGGAAGCGGAAUGGGCUUUGAGGCAUUCAUUACAUGUUCUGGAGUUCUUGUGGUGGCUGUGUGCACCAAGAAGGAAUAUGCGACUGUGAUGCUGUCCGACCAUUGCUUCUGUGACUCUCUUUGGCAUAACAUAACCAUUGUUCAUAUGCCUGGGAAAAGACCCUUUGGUCAAAGCCUUGUCUACAUUUAUGUAAACGGGCAGCAAAAGCUUUCAGCACCACUCAGAUUUCCUGCUAUGAAUGAAGCUUUCACAUCUUGUUGCAUCGGUUCUGCCGGCCAAAGGACAACCACUCCCCCACCUUCACAAAUCCCGGACCCACCUUUUUCAUCCCCUAUUAUGCCCCAUCGGACCUCGCUGGGCGGGAUCCUCAGUCCAGGCAGCUGGGGCGGGCUGAUGUCGAAGCCAGAGUUAGUCACUAAGCUGAUCUCAGCAGGGACUCAAGACAGCGAGUGGGGGUGCCCUACCUCUCUGGAAGGCCAGCUGGGAUCAGUCAUCAUAUUCCAUGAAAUAUUACAGCCUUCACAUGUGAAAGCAUUGUAUUUGGCAGGUCCAAAUUGCUUAACACCAUGGAAGUCUCAAGAAUCUGAAGUGUCUGACUUGCCUAGUAAAAUACUUCUUCACUAUACUCCCAAGGCUUGCAGAAGUCCAAUAUGUCUUGACCUUUCACCAAAUCUUCUGCAUGGAAGGCUAACAGGGAACAAAGUUGUGAACUGGGACAUUAAGGAUAUGAUCAAUUGUAUAGGCGGCCUAAAUGUGCUGUUCCCGCUGCUAGAGCAGAUCAGCCUCCUGGAUGGCCAUUUAAUUGAGAGGCCAGAGGUAGAAUUUGUGCCUCCUGAGCUGCUGACGCCUGUAGAAGGAGACUGGGUGAUGUUAACAUCCACCAGAGCUUCAGAGGCCCGCUUAGAGAAGAACAUAGUUGCAACUUUCAUCUUGAUGAUAAAGCACUUUAUUCAGAGGCACCCAAUCAACCAGGAUAAUCUCGUUCAUACACACGGAGUUGCAACUUUAGGAGCCCUUUUGAAGAAGGUAUCUCCCAGCUUUGUGGAUGUAAACAUAUUGAUGGCUGUCCAGUUACUGAUAGAACAGGUCUCUGCAGCCAAGAACACACAUCUUUUGCAACAGAUGUAUCAGUACUUACUUUUCGACUUCAGCAUCUGGAACCGUGGAGACUUCCCAUUCCGAAUUGGCCACAUCCAAUAUAUCUCUACAAUUAUCAGAGACAGCAGGAGGGUUUUCCGAAAAAAAUAUGGCGUACAGUUUUUACUGGAUACUCUGAGGAUUUAUUACGGGAAUAGCUACAAAGAGAGUGACUUGGCUCCAGAUGAUCUUAGAACCAUAAGAACAUCUCUUUAUGGAUUAAUAAAAUAUUUCCUGAGCAAAGGAGGGGCACAUGAAGAAGUCCAGAGCAUCAUGGGAUAUAUAGCAGCCAUCAAUGAUGAAGAACAGCUCUUUGGGAUCCUGGAGGUGCUCUUCAGCCUGCUUCACACCAGCCCAACCCGUGACCAGCUUUUCUUGUUACUUUUUGAGCCAGGAAAUGCAGACAUCCUCUAUGCUCUGUUGCUGAAUCAGAGGUACUCUGAUAGACUAAAGGAGCUUGUCUUCAAGAUUGUGGACCAGAUGCUGAAGUGCACAAAAGUCUAUGAACGAAGCAAACAACGUAUGAAACUCAGAGAAGUUGGUUAUUCUGGGCUGGGACUGCUCCUGAAUGACGCUCCGGUUACUGUAUCUUUCAUCAAGAACCUUCUCAAUCAAAUUCUGAGUGCUGAUCCAGUUGUGAAUUACAGGGACUUCAUUGCAGUCAUAUAUUUGGCUCACAGAGCAGAUAUAAACAUCAGAGUAGCCAUCUGUCGAAAGCUUUUGCAAAUUCUACAUUCCCAGCAGGAUGCAGCGCAACAGAUUUCUCAACAGCUUGGCUGGCAGGAGACAUUGACGAGGCUCUUCCUGAAAGAGAAUGCUGACGUCAGAAAUGGAGAUUUUGCUAAAGAGGAUGGAAGGCGAACUUCUGUCAAAGACCAUCCGAAACGCUGCCAUUCUAAGGCAGAUGGGGAAGAUGGGACCAGUUUUGCAUCUGUGAAUGGUUCGUGUGACCAGUGGAGCCUAGAAGAGGGCAAAUCUGUGUCAGUGCUCGAAGACAACGCCCUGGCAGAGAUGUCAUUUAGACCUGAGGACCAAGAGGAGUUAUGGCAAAAGAAUCCUUCACACCUAAGUUUGGACUUGUCAAGUGUUGACUCCUAUGAAAUGGGUGAUAAUGGGAGCCAGAUGGCAGAUAGUUUGCCUAGCACCCCUUCACCCAGCGAUCACACUAAGACAUUUUCUGGGCAGCUUGACAAAGAACCAGGUGCUGCAGAGGAGGUGGCAUUCACCGCCGAUCUUUCAUUAUUUGAAAUUCAUGAGGCAUGUGAAGACGACCUUCUACAGUUGCUCACAGACGCUCUGCUCUGCGUGAUUUGGAAAGGCAUAGAAAGGUCAGACGAUGCUGCUUGGAUUGAGAGAGGACAAGUUUUCUCAGCUCUAACCAAACUGGGGAUAUCUAAUGAGCUGUUGAAACCAUCUGAUGAAAUAAAACUCAGUCUGUUGGAGAAGAUGCUUGAAUGGGCAGUUACGGACAGCAGAGAUGCCAAGUCCCUUCCUGUGUAUGCGGAAAAUGCCUUUCGGCUUCUUCUUGUUGUGCAAGAUUUCCUGCAGGCAGAAGGUCUUGUGAAUUCAAGUCUCUGGACAGAAAAGCUUUUGGAAGAACUGGUGACUCUCAUGGAUACUUUGUCAGUAUGGUACCCAUCUGGUCCGGAGUAUGUGAAGCUCUCUCAAGUACAGAUUCAACUGCUUCUUGGAUUCAUUGGACAGGAUAAUUUACAGGUUUGUGCUAUGGCUGCAGCCAAGCUCAACACCCUUCUUCAGACCAAAGCCUUUGACAACCAAGCAGAGUCCUGCUACCUCCUGGGCAAGUUGGAAGGUAUCCUGAGCAGAUCUAUCAGAGAAAAGACAGAAACAUAUUCCUUCUUGAUCCCUCUCGUUCGGACAUUAGUUUCUAAAAUAUACGACCUUCUGUUUAUGAACUUGCACUUACCAUCCCUGCCUUCUACUAAUGGAAGCCCUUCCUUUUUUGAGGACUUCCAGGACUAUUGCAGCACUGAUGAAUGGCAGGUUUACAUUGCUAAAUAUAUUAUUCCAAAUAUGAAGCAGUAUGAACUCAGCACUUUCAGCGAUGGUCAUGAAAAUAUGGCAGUAUAUUGGAAAGAUUGCUACGAGGCACUGAUGGUGAACAUCCAUAAACGGGAGCGGGAACGAGGAGAAAGCAAGCUCAAAUUCCAGGAGUUUUUUGUGGAGCCAUUUAACAGAAGGUCACGGCAGGAAAAUAUGCGUUACAAUAGCAUGCUGAAACAGCUGAAUAACCAGCACACGGCAACCCUGAGGCAGUGGAGGGCCACCAAACUCUACCUCACUUGUGAACAGGGUCCCUGGGCCGAAAGGAAACCAAAUGUUACUCACUGGAAACUUUCAAAUGUGGAAAAUUUUUCACAAAUGAGGCUAAAAUUAGUACAGAAUUACAAUUUCAACUCUCACCUGGAUGCCAGUGCCCUUAGAGACAAUCUCGGGGUGCAGCAAAUGCCGCCAUCGAGUGAGACUUUGCUCCUGGAGGCUGUGAAGCAAGUGAAAGUCAAUGAUAUGGAAGAUGAUAUCCUUGAACUGCCAGAUGAAGAUCCAGCAUCCAUUGCAAACAUAGAUGAGAAGGAAGAACAAAGUCAGAAAGAGAAACUAGUGCUGUCUGAAGACUGUGAACUUAUUACAAUAAUUAAUGUAAUACCUGGCAAACUGGAGGUCACUACGCAACAUAUUUAUUUUUAUGAUGGAAGCAUUGAGAAAGAGGAAGGUAUCGGUUUUGAUUUUAAGUGGCCUCUUUCUCAAAUUCGAGAGAUUCACUUGCGUCGCUAUAACUUAAGGAGAUCAGCCUUGGAGAUCUUCUUUAUUGACCAGACGAACUACUUCCUAAAUUUCAAAAAGGAGGCAAGAAAUAAAGUGUAUAGCCGAGUUCUGUCUCUCUGCUCUCCUAAUAUAAGUGGGACCAGAUCUCCCCAAGAAUUAUUUAAAGCAUCAGGACUCACCCAGAAAUGGGUGAACAGAGAGAUUUCCAACUUUGACUACCUCAUUCAAUUAAAUACUAUGGCGGGACGAACCUACAAUGACCUUGCACAAUAUCCUGUAUUUCCAUGGAUCCUAAGGGAUUACACAUCAGAAGAACUGGAUUUGAAUAAUCCCGCCAUAUUUCGAGAUUUGUCCAAACCUAUUGGUGUGGCAAAUGAAAAGAAUGUCAAAGCUGUACAGGAAAGGUAUGAAAACUUUGAGGAUCCUCUUGGAAUCGUUGACAAGUUCCACUACGGCACUCACUACUCCAAUGCGGCCGGAGUGAUGCAUUACCUCAUUCGAGUAGAACCUUUUACCACAUUGCACAUCCAGCUUCAGAGUGGCAGAUUUGACUGUGCAGAUCGGCAGUUCCACUCCAUUUCCUCUACAUGGCAGGCCCUCAUGGAGAAUCCGAAUGAUGUGAAGGAGCUGAUCCCAGAGUUCUUCUACUUCCCAGAGUUUUUGGAGAACCAAAACAAUUUCAAUCUGGGUCAACUACAGAUCUCAAAAGAGCCCGUGAAUGAUGUUGUUCUCCCAAAAUGGGCACAUUCCCCAGAGGACUUCAUUUAUAAACACAGGAAAGCUUUGGAGUCAGAAUACGUCUCUGCUCAUCUGCAUGAAUGGAUAGAUCUAAUAUUUGGAUAUAAACAGAGAGGACCAGCUGCAGUAGAGGCAUUUAAUGUUUUCUAUUACUGUACUUAUGAAGGAGCUGUAGAUUUGGAUGCCUUGACGGAUGAGAAAGAAAGGAAAGCUUUGGAAGGGAUGAUUAACAAUUUUGGACAAACACCUUGUCAGCUGCUAAAGGAACCUCAUCCUGUGAGACUUUCUGCAGAGGAAGUACUACAGAAGCAAACCAGAAGUGAAAGCUCUACACUUAAUCUGUUUCACCAUCUCCCUGAGUUGAAGUCCUUCUUCAUUGAGGGAAUCAGUGAUGGGAUACCUAUUGUUAAAGCCAUCGUUCCCAAGAAUCAGUACCGUUCAUUCAUGUCACAGGGGAGCCCAGAGACCCUGGUAAUAGUGAGUCUCAACUGUGUUAUUGGAACCCAUGGAUGGCUACCUUAUGAUCGAAAUAUUUCCAACUAUUUCACUUUCCUCAGAGAUCAAACUGUGACAAAUCCCAAGACACAGCGAAGUGUGAGCGGUCCUUUUGCCCCAGGGCUUGAGAUCACACCUAAGCUAUUUGUGGUGUCCCACGAUGCAAAGUUGCUUUUCAGUGGAGGGCAUUGGGACAACAGCAUCCGAGUCACCUCACUCACCAAGGGGAAGUUGAUGGCACAACAUAUUAGGCAUAUGGAUAUUGUGACGUGCCUAGCUAUGGACAUCUGUGGGAUCCAUUUAAUUUCGGGCUCAAGGGACACCACUUGUAUGAUAUGGCAGAUAGUUCAGCAGGGAGGAGCGCCUAUAGGUUUGUCCCCUAAACCUCUGCAAAUUCUGUACGGACAUACCAGUGAAGUCUCUUGUGUCGGUAUCAGUAUAGAGCUGGACAUGGUAGUCUCAGGGGCCAAGGAUGGAACUGUGAUUGUUCACACCAUUCGGAAAGGGCAGUACAUGAGGACUUUGAGGCCGCCUUGUGAGAGUUCACUCUUGCUCACUGUUCCGAAUCUGGCUGUAUCCUCAGAGGGACACACAGUUGUCCACACAAGUCUAGAAGGAAAGACAUCCCUUAAGGAUAAAAAUGCACUCCACCUCUAUUCUGUGAAUGGAAAGUAUUUGGGCUCUGAGAGCCUGAAGGAAGAAGUGUCCGAUCUCUGUGUGACUGGAGAAUAUAUUGUAAUGGGGAGUGUGCAAGGAUUCCUAUCCAUAAGAGACCUCUACAGCCUGAGCCUUAGCAUCUCCCCUCUAGCCAUGCGACUGCCCAUUCGCUGCCUCUCUGUUACCAAAGAGUUCAGUCAUAUUCUGGUGGGCCUCGAGGACGGCAAGCUGAUUAUCGUUGGCGUUGGGAAGCCAGCAGAGAUGCGGGCAGGCCAACUCUCCCGAAAGUUAUGGGGUUCAAGCAAACGGAUCAGCCAGAUUUCAUCAGGAGAAACUGAAUAUAACACUCAAGAUUCCAUGUGAUUUCUGCUUCUGCCUUCUCUUGAGAGAUACCACACAAUUAUUUAAAUCUUUCUGAUCAAAUUUCAAUCAUAUCUCUGAACUUUCUCAGUUACGUUGGGGCAACAGCACAAUUUCCACUGGCAGAUAUGCAAAUUGGCAUCUCUUGUUUCUUCUACUUACAAUAGAAACAGAAGCAAUAAGCUAAUUCAGCACUAAAUAUAUUGAGUGUGUAUGUGUGCACGUACAGGUGUCAGAGGUUAACAGGUGUUGGUAUUUGCAUAUGAAAAUCACAAUCCUAGGUAAUAAUAAUAAUAAUAAUAAUAAUAAUAAUAAUAAUAAUAAUAAAUAUUAAUAUACCGCCCUAUCUCCCCAAGGGGGCUCAGGGCGGUUUCCAACAAAUAAGGCAAAACAUUAGAUUGUCAAAAAGGAAAACCAUACAGAGAAAUAAAAUAAACAUCAUAAAAUAUAAAAUCCUACUAAAACAUACAUAAAAUUUUUAAAAUCUGGCAAUGUGAAAAUCAAGAUGCCUAAACUCUUUGAACUCAUAUCUUGGAAUAUGGCAAAUAUUUCUGGGUUAGCAUUCCCUCUUGUAAAAACGCUUACCUGGGCUUGCUGAUCUGAAUCACCACAAUGCUGCUAUUCAGUGUCACCUGUAGACUAUGAAGGCCAUGAUCCAGUGACUAAUUUGCUAGAUCAUGAUAUUUAGGUAACUUGCUGCUAAGCCCCACUUCUUUUUCCAGUCCUCAUAAACACAAUCUAAAGCAACCUCAUGAUCAAAAGUCUUUAGGGGUAGGAAUAUUGUUGCUGUGCCAAAAAUAGAACAAAACAAGAAAAAAAGUUCCAGUUUGACCCCCAGAUAUCAGCCAUGUGAUCUUCCGCAUUUUAGCCAUUCCUCUAAAUUAUUUCACAUUUUGUUUUUUAAAAACCUCCCUCCUUUCACCCUGAGUCCUUCUUAGUUUGAUAAAUCUGAACUGAAAAAAUGCAAUUUUUUAGACCCAAGGAAUGGGGUAAGUUUGUCCUGGUCAGGGUGUGUGUCUUUUGAUAUAUUCUUUAGGUGAGCCUUUUUGUUGUUUGCUACAACCUGCUUUAAAUAUUGUAUUUUUCGUCUCCAGCCAGAAUAGUUCUUUCGGAAGUGUCUCUGUUGCAUUGUUUUCCUGUCACAUCCUGGCUUGCUCAUGCAUGAAUAUGAAUGGCAACAUAGCAGAGGUAGAGAGCAGGACAGUGCUCUUCAUAUCAUGCUAGUAUGAUAUAUUUCCCUCUUGAAUACUAAACUUGAUUCACUUCCAAAAUUAAGAAAAUCUUUUUUAGUAUUACAUUCAGAAUUAGAGGGAAAAGGAACGGAAUAUUCCAAGGUUAUUGAAGUAUGUAUUUAUAGCUGAAAACUGUAGAUAUGGAAGGAUUAUUGAAUGCAGAUAAAUGUCUGAUCCAUGAGACACCAACCUGUAAUUAGAAAUAUCCACAAAGAGUUCCUCCUGAGUCUGAUCCUGUAUGUGAGAUAAAGGUAUGCGAAAAGAUGUCAGUGAACGCUCAAGUAGUUGUUUUGUAUGGUGUACUAUUUGAACAGCAGUAUUCACUUUUUGGAGUGUGUGCGCUUAAUGUAGAGUCCUAUAAUGCGCACCUAAAAGUGUGACAGAUAGUUAGCUUGUCAUGAGGAAGUCUAAUGCAAAGAGGAAUGGGGUGCUGACAUUUAUUUAGUUUGAUUUAGAAGUAUUUGAGAAAGAGGAAAAAUUAAUGAGAGGAAGCUAAGCACUACAUGUAGUUAUAGUUAUUUAUUUAGACUGUACAUUUCACAACUGACAUCUAUAUUUUUUCUGCACAAGUGGAACUAUAUUGCCCAGAAACAGUAGCAUAUGCACUGGAACAUUUUAUCUUUGUUUCUCUUAUAAUUAGUUGUUUGGGACUCCUGUGUGUAUUUUACUUAUGAGAAGAGUAUUAUCUAAAGACAGGGUGGAUGGUCAGUAAUUUGUUAUGGUGUUGCCAUAUGUCUGCUUAAGACAAUUUUAUGAAAAUGGCCUUACCACUUCUUCCUGAUUUGCUUCAAGGCUGAAAAGGACCCUGAACUGGUAGGAGAAACACAUAAAAGCAUGGAGAUAGUGUCAGGAAACCUUACAGCUGUGUUGAACUACAAUUAUCUAACCAUGCCCUAUGGUUUAAUGGGAGCACAUCUGAAGGACAACAGGAUGAUGAAGGCAAUUUGUGUGAACCAUGUUUGUCUUUUGUGAGAACAAAAAUGGUGUUCUUGUAUUACACUCAAACUAGUUGCAGUGAGGAUUCUGCUUGUCCAAAGGUGCAGUCCUAAAUUCACCUCCAGUGGGUAUGGGCCCCACAGAAAUCAAUUGGAUGUACUUUAGAACAAACUAAACCAGUGGUUCUCAACCUGGGGGUCCCCAGGUGUUUUGGCCUACAACUGCCAGAAAUCCCAGCCAGUUUACCAGCUGUUAGGAUUUCUGGGAGUUGAUGGCCAAAACAUCUGGGGACCCACAGGUUGAAAACCACUGGAAUAGAGGAUUUUUCUAUAAGAAAAAUCUUGCUAUCUUUAUUGCUGUUAUCUUUAAAAAAAAUAAAAAAUAGACACCUGAUUUGGAUAUAAAAAUUAUGAUUAAGAUAUGAAAUACAGAGACAUAUGGAAUAGUUCUGCUAAUUUGUGAUACUUACACAAGCUUUUCAUACUAGGGAUGUCAGCUCUGAUUUUAAGGGAUUAACAGAAUUUUCACACAACACAGAACUUUGAAAAUAAUAAUAUCAACACUAACAAUGACAUGGAAACAAGUUUAAAACGAAAAUAGUAUAGGAGCAAUACCAAAGAUAACCCAAAAACUGUUUAUGAAAGUGGUUUGUUAGAAUGUAAAAAAAACUUAAAGGAGUAUUGAUAGAAGUUUGGAUUGGAUGUUUUUAUGGUGACGUCACUAAAGGAGCAAUUUGAGGACCGUAUGUUCAUGGUUCUGUAAGUGUGUGGGUGAAAGCUGUAUGUUUCAGAUUGUUUUUAAUGUGAGUGACAUUUCAACCUGGCAAACGCCAAUUUGCAUUAGCUUUAGACCAGAAAGUCAAGUCUAGUGGGUUUCCAUGUACAUCUCUUUCUUGAAUGAGAUCCAACGUGAUGUUCCUAUAAUUGCACCAGUUUCCUCCCCGCUUCCAUGGUUCAAGUAGCUAAUAAAUCUUAUCAUGUUGUAGAGUCAAUAAAUUAAAAAAAUGUUGGGCUAUAUUCUAAAUUAUUAUUCUGAAAAAGAUAUUUCCAUUCAACAAUGCAGUUACAAAGAGCUCCUCCUCCCAUAAGUAUAAUUCCAUUUCCAGCCAUGUAGCAGAAAAUACUGAAUGCAGUCCAUAAGACUAAGGCCAGGAGGUAUGGAAUUUGACUGGAAUAAGAAAUAGGCUGAGGCAUGUUUUCUUCUGUUUCUUUAGUAUUAUGCAAAGACAAAUAUCUCUGUGUGAUAGUUGACAUUCAUAAAAGGUACUGAUUUGCAGCCAAGCCAUGCAAGUGGGAUUCAGUGCUCUGUUGCCUGGCUAGAUUCCAGUUUCUUUUUUGAAAUCUAUUUUUUAAAAUAUGAUUCUAUCUUAAACUGGCAGAAGCAAACGGUGGAACCUGUUAAUGUUAUUUUCGUGUCCACAUGCUAGGACUUGAGUAAUAACUUUGCAACCAAAGUCAGAACAGAUAAAAACUAUCCUGAGUACAAACACUGGACCAUUUUUCUAAUAACUAUCAUUCCUUUUGUUAUAUUUAUUUAUUCACACCUUCCUUAGAAAACUGAAAGCAACUUAAGGAGUAUUAAAGUGAUAAAAUAUACAAUGGCAAACUGCAACAUUAGCACAACCUAGAUCGCUUUAAUUGAGUGGUACUUGUCAGUAAAAAUGUUUGCAAUUUCAGUAUCUUUGCUCUCAGUAGAAGUAAAAUUGCAUUUAGUGUAAUAUAAAUAUUAUAUUAAUAUAAAUAUUAUAAUAAAUACUAAAAAUGGCACUAUUUCAAUUGUGGGCAUGAAAGGUAACGACUAAGUAUACUCCCAAUGAAAAUCCUUCUGGUCCAUGAUGUGUAAUAUGCCUUUUGUGCAGAAAUUCUUGAUUGCUUUUUACCAUAUUACAACAAAGACGAAGAUAAAAAGCUUGCAAGGAACAGCUACUGACCUGUCUUUAGACUGUCAGAUGUGAGGUUAUGUGUCUGAACAUAAGACUGUGUUGCUGUGAGUUUUGUGGGCUAUAUGGCCAUGUUCCAGAAGCAUUCUCUCCUGAAAAACUCACAACAAACAACCCAGUGAUUUUGGCCAUGAAAGCCUUCAACAACACAUAAGACUGUGUGUAAAACGAAUACAUAUUCACCCUUUGGUCCCACAAACACUGGGGUGGAAAGAAGGACGUUUCUCUGAAACCCAGUGGUAUCACAACCUUGCAUGUCUCUUGUAAUCCCAUUGGAAAAGAAGGAGAACUAGGACAGGCAGAGUAUUUCCCAUUCUGUUUCUUCUCCAUAUAUAUUUCCCAGAUUGUUUCUUCUUUCAUUGGGUUUCAUAGCAGGAUGUGAAUCUGAAUGGGAUCCAUCCAGGGUGGGGAUUCAUAAGAGAGAAUUGCCGGGCAUUGGAAGUCUCUUGUAGUGUUUUGUCUUUCCCAUUCUCUCCUCGUUCUUCUUACCUUAGGAAGUGCUUAUUCUAUUUUAGACCUCAUCAAUAUACUCCUUUUUCGGGUGUCAGAUCAAUGGUAAGCCCUAGCCAGCAUAGUCAGUGCAGAGAGGCUAUAGGAGUUGCCCAUCAGUGUUAUUUCAGGAAUGCUUUCCAUUAAAACAUGUGUAGUUUUGAUUGAAAUCAUGCAUGUUUUGGUUGUCCAAAAAUGCAUAAUGCAAUAGUGAAAGACUGAACUAUCAUACUAGCAAAUACUAUUUUAGCCAGGGAAAGAAACACUAGUAUAUAUCCUAGAAUAGCUGGACUUUGCAAAAAAGAAAAUUCAGUCACUAGCCAUGCUUCAUGGGGGAUAGCAUGUUUUUAUUCCUGAGAGUGGAAACUGGCAUAAUUUGCAUUCAUUUCCAUAAAGCAGUGGUUCCCAACCUUUGGGCCUCCAGGUGUCUUGGACUUCAGCUCCCACCAUUCCUAACAGCUGGUAAGCUGACUGGGAUUUCUGGGAGUUGAAGUCCAAAACACCUGGAGGCCCAAAGGUUGGGAACCACUGCUGUAAAGUUUGAUCUCUAAGCCCAACAAAGGAAGGUUCUGAUUUGAUGUGCUUCUUGCAGAUUGUAACAUUUCAAUCCCGAUGUUUAAAUUGCAUCAUCAUUUUGCACAGCUUCAAUUCAGGCUUGACAUGAAUGUGCCUAGCUUUUGUCCAAGUAACACAAAGCACCAGAUUUGUAUAUGUAUAAUAUGCAUAGUGUAUAUUAUGUGGGCAUUAUGCAUUCCUGUGUCACUGCUUCAUUACAUACUUAUUACCCCAGUAGCAUGGGUCUUGCUGCAGAAUCAGAUUGGUUUGGGUUUAUUUUGUGUUUUCUCCAUGCACAUAGCUGCUUGUGUGCAGUGAUGGACUCCUCGUCUGAAGGACAUUAAAAUUAGCUUUUAAAGUAGUGAGAAGUGAUUUUGGAUCCGUCUAUGUAAGCUAGAAGAUUUAUUGAACAGUUUAAUGAAGACUGGGGAAAUGACUUCUAUUAAGAGCAUGUCAAGGGGAUUCUGGAGAUGAUAGUCCAAGAAAGUAACUUUUCCAGGUUCUGCUGCUGAAUGAUACUGUUUUGUUAAAAACCACAUUUUAAAUUAGCCACUCGCCUUGGAAAUUGUGCUGCUGUUUGAACCCAUUUUUUUCUGAACCACACAGAAAUAUACAACUCACUUAACAUGUGCCUCUGCAUUUAUAUAAUACACUACACACUGUAAAAAUGGAACACUAAGCCUUAUGUAUAUACAGGCAAAUGAUGAUCUUAUACUGAUUAUUCUGAUUGUGCAAUUGUGACUGAUUACAAAUGGGUUUUGAUGCCAAAAAAUGCCUUCAGAUUUUAGACAGAAGUGUUUUGAUAUAGUUAGUUUUCAACUAGCUUUUACGUAAACACAAAAAUAUUUGUUAGUCUUGUGUGCAAUACCUUUCCUCUUCUUUGGGUGCUUUGGAGGUUAAAUAAUAUCCUGUUUGUAUUAUUUUAAAAGUUUUGUUGGUAAGGUUUAAUAAUUUUAAGCUUGUAUGUAUGUAUGUAUAUUGGCUAACAUUGGGUUUGUUUCUGUACAGCAUGGUGGACAAUGUUUUCCAGUUUGCACUUUGUAGGAUUUACCAAUUUGUAAUUUAACUCUUUUUUAAAAAAAUGCUUGCUGACUUUGUACAUAAAAUGGAUUGUCAAAUUGGGUUUGUAUAUAACGGAAGGGUCUGAAGCUAAUUAAAUACAAAAUGGGA